CUCCAUUAUCCAUGGACAACACACAACUCAACUCUCUCUCUUUCAUCCACUUCCGUACCUGUCGCCUUCUAUUUAAUCGCAUUUAAUCCACGCGUUUCGCGUCCGACAUUGCGUCGGUGAUGAUGUCACCACAAUCUUCUUCUUGACUCAAAAGUCUUAAAACAGCGGAACAAAAAGCUUCACCCUUUAUAUCGUUAACCAAAGCCCCCGGCGAAAAAAGCUUCUACCUUUAUAUUAUUACUAAAACGAAGCUCCGGCGAGAAAGGUUUUAGCUUUUAUAUUGUUUAAAGAAAAGCUCCGGCGAGCCGUUUAAAAUGAAUCGGAAUCGAAGAAGAAACGUUCAGCAGCAGCCACACGGAUGUUUGGGUCGGAUGGUAAACCUAUUCGACUUCGGAACAGUUGGUAGUGGGAAGAAGUUUCUCACUAAUAAACCCUACUUUGAUGAUGAUGGAUCUAUAAAGAGGAAUUCAUUUGAUCUGAUAGAAGAUAAAGCUGAUACCAUUGCAGUCAAUGGAACACCAAUAAAGAGGCUCUUAGAAGAGGAGAUGUCAAAAGAAAUGGAAUUGACGGUUGGUGGUUCGACGAACUUGGUUGCCAAGUUAAUGGGUCUUGAAUCAUUCCCACAUGCUCAAAGGAGUAGUAACAGCUCGAAGCCUCGGCUUAAGAGGUCGUUAAGUCAUGGAGAGUGUAGAGAUGUCUAUGAGAUUUGGGAGAAACCACCAGGUGUGGAGGGUUUAAGCAACAAGAAGAUUGACAUUGUCCGUGAGAAGUUUUUGGAAGCAAAACGUUUGGUUACAGAUGAGAAGCUUAGACAUUCCAAGGAGUUUCAAGAAGCUAUGGAAGUUUUGAGUGAGAACAAAGAGUUGUUCAUUGAGUUUUUGAAGGAGUCUAAUAGCUUAUUCUCUCAUCAUCUCCAUAGUUUUGAGUCCACAGCCCCGGAGAAGUCAAAGAGGAUCACUAUUCUGAAGCCUUCAAAGACCAUUGAUGAUGAGAAGUUAGGUAAUGAAGACUAUCAGACAAAAAAAUCAACUAGAAUAGUUGUUCUGAAACCUAAUGGCCAUGUCACAAAGGCUUCCUCAUGCCCAACCUCUCCAAGAGGUUUACCUGUGUUGGAUAGUUUUGAGGAGAGGAAGUCAAAAGAUGUGGUUAAGGAAGAAACUUCACAUUCUUCUGUCUUCUCCAACGGCUAUAUAGGAGAUGAUAGUUAUGAUGCAGAUUCUGAAAUCAUGUCACCUGUUUCUAAGCAUUCAUGGGACUAUAUCAACAAGUAUGAUAGUACUUUUUCGUCUUCUUCGCCUUUUAGCAGAGCUUCUGGCUCUCCAGAGUCAUCUUCAGUAUGUAGAGAAGCCAAGAGACGGCUUUCAGAGAGAUGGGCAUUGAUGACAGCAUCUAAUGAGAAUUUGCAGGAGGCCAAAGUUGUCGAGAAGAAAGGUGGUAACAUUUCUUUAGGUGAUAUGCUUGCACUUUCAGAUUCAAUGUCAUAUCUUAGAACCGAAAAAGAAGUAGCAAAUGGUGGUAAUGAAGAAAAUGAUCCUGGAGUGUCAUUUAAAGGCCUUAUGAGGUCAAAAUCUCUCCCUGAAUCAUCCACAAGUCUUGGGGGCAAACCCAAAGUUCCUGAGAAGCUGACAAAGUCAAAGAGCUUGAAAUGGUCUCUGAAAGGUAGAGUCACAAACUUUCUUUUCUCAAGGAACAAGAAAGCAAGUAAUGAGAGAUCUAAUGAGGAAAUUCCUGAAAGCUUGGAUUCUCGGUUUAACGAUGAAUCAUUGUCUACCAGAAGCAUACUUUCUCGUGAGGCAGGCCUAUCAACUUGCUUUCCAGCUUCAGUCUUGGAAACGUCUUCUGAUGAAGAUGAUGAACUCUUUUUUAACUCCUGUGUUAUGAAUAGAUCAUCAUCCUCUUCUCUUGAACCGGAGAGGUCCAACUUAUUAGGCAAAUCGCCUUCCAUUGGUCGAAACUUUUCAUUCAAUGACUCAACAGUAGCUCGGUGCUACUCAUCAAAACUCUCUACUACUUCCACAAGAGAAGAGGAAGAAGAAGACUUGCGUCUCCUCAUCAACACACUCUUAUCAGCAGCUCAUCUCGAUGAGGAGACAGAGUCAUUGUCACCAUCUUCCAUCAUAGACAAUCUUUUGUCUAAAUGGCAUUCAGUAGAAAGUCCAUUAGACCCAUCUCUGAGAGACAGCUAUGCUAACUCAACAGAACAUCAAAGACUAGGAUCAAACGUGAAGAAGCUAGUGUUCGACCUCGUUAAUACACUGCUCUUGGAGCUGACACCGAGCUAUCUUGGACAUGGUGGUCAUAUACUUCUCUCUGGUAAGACAUUGGGGAGUUAUGUUGUAAACCGGAUGCAAGAAUGUUUAAAGGGUAAAGGAAGAGUUGAAUAUCGGUGGUGGGAUGAAGAUGGAGACUUGAGCAGUUUGGCAGUGAAUAGAGUGGUGAGGACUGAAGUGGCAGAGAUUGGUUCAAAGGAAAGUUUGAGAUUGGAAAUGGAAUGUAUGGGAGAAGAAAUAGAGUUGAAGUUGCUGGAGGAGUUAAUAGAGGAGGUGUUGAUGGAUUUUUCAGAACAACACACAUCAUAA